UCGUCUUCGUCUCUGGUAAUAAGUCAUCUUUACUUUCAGCGAUAUAUGCUGGGUUUCCCUGGUAUUCCAGGAUCAAAUGGUAUACCGGGAGUGCCGGGAGUGCCGGGGCCACACGGACCCCAGGGAAGGGAAGGCGUAAAAGGACAAAUUGGUGAUAAAGGAUCACAAGGAAUGCCGGGUACAAGAGGAGACAGAGGGCGCGAAGGACCUCCUGGGAAGAGUGGACCCCUAGGAUUAAAAGGAAUGAAAGGUCAACAGGGACUUCUGGGAAUGAAAGGAGAGCGCGGAGCUGUGGGAAUAAAAGGACAGCAAGGCAUUGCCGGAAUGAAAGGAAGUAAAGGAGACAAAGGAGAGAAAGGAGAAAGCGCCAAAGCAAGUCAAGCAAGUUUAGUACCACAAACCAACUGGAAACAAUGUGUGUGGAAAUCAGCCAGCGGUGCUGAUAACGGAAAGAUUAAGGUAAUUACACUAAGAAUUAUAACACACUCCUGAGAAAAUUCACUCCAUUUUAAAUCAAAAUGUUUCAAAGAAGAACGUCUCCCCUCUCACUGACCCUUUGCUAACACAUUACAUAAAGAGCUAAGUUACGUUUCCCUCAAUUUUGGUUCUUUUGGGACGAAAAACAGAAAACCAUCGUUCGUGAUAAAAUGAUUCCUGGCCUUAUGGAUAAGGACAGUAAAUCUUUGAGCUAUUACAGGAGGGGGGCGUAAGGGUUUGCAUUAUUGCGGUAUUGGGUUAUUUUUAUUUCAAAGUACGGUAUUGCGGUUUUCCGAGUCCAAGCGGUGUGCGGUAAGUUUAAAUUUUUUGUUGCGGUAGUCGGUGAAAAAAUCGUUGUGUCGCGGUGAUCUGCUUCUUUUUCAUGACAAGAGGAUGCAAGUCCUAAAAGGUCUCGCUAGCUAGCCUGCGUGUCUUCCUAUAGUUGCGCAGUCGGGGAUCGUAUUGCGCAAACAGUGCAGACAAAUGGUAUGGCUUGUAAUUUCAGUUAAUACUUGAUAUGAUUAACGACAUUAACUUUUUUAUCCAAUGAUACGUAAACAUGUCGCAUUAUUUAUGACCUCACGGACAUUGUGGGAAUAGUCCGCUUUUAACCUACCAAUCUUACCACCACUUUCGUGCCAGUCGCAAAACAAUGGCGAGCGAUCCAGAGGGUCAACUAAGUGGUCAGUCAGUGAGGUCAGUGAGGUCGUUAUAAAUUGUGUAGUGACGAAAGAUAAUCCAUGAAGAUGAUGUGAUCUAAAAAUUAAUACUCGUCAUUCUCGUUGUGCAUGCAGGAACAUAGAAUGUACUAGUAUUCGUGUGUGCUUAGCCUUCGUACCAUGGCGGCCGGGGGGGCGGGGUACUUCCUGAUAAGAGGCUAAUGAGGAUGUGCCGCUGGAUGGGGUCGCAUUUUUAGAGAGUUACUAGAAUGGGAUCGCACAUGUUCUGCUUUUUUGGGGUAAAACAGUUCUUCAUAUUUACGGUUAGCAAAGGUACCAGAAUGUUUGUAAUGUAGAUGAAAAGUAAAGUGUUCUUCAUUCAAUCUAAAACAUGGUCAAUUAAAAAAAAUAGAAAGUGACCAAGUGAUUAAAUAUUUGUUCAAAAGUGACUAAGAUGGGGUCUAUAAUUGGCCACAGAAUAGACUAUAAUGGGGUAGGGGCUCGGAUAGGCCAGUGGCACAUACCAAGCAAAAAUUAACCCAAGUACCCCAUGGCAGUUUUACAUAGUUUUGUCGGCAGCACAACUGUGAGCGGCGAAGCAGCUCCCGCCCCAAUCCUCGCCCACACACGCCUUCAUUAUUUAGCUUCAAGCGGAGGAAUGUAAUGCGGUCAAUGCGAGCUUAUUGUUUAAAAAUUAAAAUAAACAACCACUUCCUGAUUUUUUAACCGAGAAUCUUCCCAUUUGAAUUCCUACCUAUCCCAAAAAUCCGAAAAUUUUCGACCCCAUUCUAGUAACUCUAUUGAAAAUUCGACCCCAUUAUAGUCACUCCAGUCGUGAAAAUGCGACCCCAUAAUCAAGCGGCACAUCCCUAUCAGCCUCUUGCAAGGGAGUACCGCCUCCCCCCCUCCCCAGGUGCUGUGUGUCCUUCGAAUCCAAAAACCCAGCCAGGGUCGACGUUUUGAAGCCCUCAACACAGAACCGAGUUAACUGUGAAUCUGAAACAACCUCUUAAGAGUCAACUGUCAUCCGUCCGUUUAUGAUCCAGGUCUGGAGCCCAUCAAAUGGGCUCCUGUCCAGGUCAGUAAUAUACUAGUAAUAGUUGACACUACAGCUGCCCCCGUUCUGUAUAUUGUCGGUCAAUACUGAGUAUUCUUGAUGGUUGUGUAGCUCUUUGAAAUAUACUGAUUCAUAAUGAAGAUUUUCACACAUAUUCCAUACAAUAGGUGAGAUAAAUACAGGAAACGCAAGGUUCCAUGCACAGUUUCAGCUCGAUUUACACAGCUUUGAUCAAAACAUUCUCAGCUUCGACAGUAGUUUAUUCUAAACCAUAAGAAAAGAUUUAAUUAGAGGUUGAAUUUUUCGCUAUUUCUCUUUCACUUUUUAUUUUCAGUUCAUUUUAUUUGCCGGAAAGUAAGACUUAGAAAUUAAAAGAACGUUUGAUCGAUCCACGCUAGCACAUUCUAGUCUUAUUUGACGUUAUUUGAAAUUUUAUGACGGAAGGACAUCUGUAAGCAGGGAAUAAGUCAGCACAGAAUUGGAUUGUCGGCGAAUUUCUGUAAAUGUCGAUCAAUCUGCUAUAGUGAUAAGCUAGCCGUUGUUCACUCGUCUUGCUUGUUUGGGGCCGAGUCUUAUUCCGGUCAAAGAAAGACAAAGAGUGUCUGGCAAGGUUUGCAAUAUAAAUCAAAGAUUUGUGAAGUCGUGUCUGGUAAACUCUCCAAGUGUUUAUAUAUACACAGUUAAACGCACCUCAUAACCUCCCCGGCGCUUAACGAGUGUCGUUUGGUCCAUAACUUUCAAAACAUCUGCUCCACAGAAUGUCACUGCGCAACGCAAAAGAAGUAUGACUGCACAAUAAAUGUCACAAAAUCUACCUGAGCGGUCCCUUCGGGAUUUUCUGUCUUUACGUCAUCCUAACCAUUUCGUACUUGCGGGCACAAACAAUAGAAACGUCAUCAUUACCUACCGAUUCCCCGCGGCCCCAGUUCGAGUAAAUCGAGAUUUUUUCUAGUAUACUGACUGUAUAUUUGAACUGCAAGUACUGCCCUUAAUAUACGCGCGAGCUACUAGGGUGCCUCCUCGGGAUUUCGCCUCUGGGCGAAAUCUCUGCGGGGGCAAUAAAGUGAUACUAGAAAACUCCAGUUGUAUUAUUUAAGUAAACGCAUACACGUAAGGAACAAUGUUAAACGAGUGCGAUGAUCUUAUGUUUAUCGUACGCUUGACAUCGACGCCCUAUGAUUUGGAAACACUGACAUAAAAGUAUUAUUUCUAUUUGAAAGGAGGAUUUGUAGUAUUGACAAUGCCAACUUUUUCCCAUUUGUAGGUAGGUAGGUAGAUUUUUUAUUUAAAACUCGGUAAAAUCUUCAGUAAUAAUAGAGUAAAAAUCUAAUCACAAUUAAUUAGACUAAAAACUAUCGACAUACUGUUUUACAAGACUGCCGAGUGAGAGUCCGACGACUCAAAUACAUGUUUGAUUUGCUCUUUAAAUUUCCUGACUGAUUUAGUUUCUCUCACAUUUUCGGGUAAAGAGUUCCACAACAAAGCACCGCUGUAACUGAAACUUCGUUUCAAGUAGUUAGUACGCGGCCUGGGCAACGUCAAUUUAUGAAAGGAAUUGCGCAAAUCAUAGUCUGUGCUUCGUUCGUGAAAUAGGUUCUGCAAGUACACUGGAGCUUGUUCAUUUAGAGAUUUAAACAUCAUUAUUGCUUUAUGCUUCUUUCUCCUUAUAACUAAUUUGUUCCAUUUGAGUAUAUCAAGAAGCAGGCUCGAGCUAGUCCCAUAGUUGGCCUUUAAAAUUACUCUAGCUGCACGGUUCUGUAACUUUUGUAAUUUGUCACUCAGUUGAUCACUUAAGCCAUCCCAAACAAGGCUACAGUAAUCAAAGUGAGGUUGAAUUAAGGAGUUAUAGACUAGUACCGCAGUAGAUUGGGAGAUAAGGGGCCUAAUACGUCUAAGGGCACCUAUAGCCGAAGUUACCUUCUUACACAAUUCGUUAACUGCGGUAACUGCGGUUUCGGUAUUUGGAUAAAUUUUGAUGCGGUAUUGCAGUAUUCUCGCGCUACCAUGUGCGGUAUUACGGUAUUCGUACCCCCCUUACGCCCCCCUCUUACAGAGUUUUCAAAAAUUAGGAAGUAAUCUUGACUGGAGUUGUUAGUAUCAAUCAUAACACACGGUUGCUCUCCUUACUACAAUAUGUUUGAUUUUAUUCCAAGACUGUGCGUUUAACAAACUGCAGUCUAGUUCAGCGCUCAGAGUCUCAUUCCAGGGCAACAUGAGGGUCUCUGGAAGUAGUUCUAAGUGUAACCGAUGGUAUUUCAAGUUCAAUGGAAAUGAAUGCAGUGGACCAAUGACGAUUGAGGCUGUUGUUUAUAACUGGUGGCCAUCUGGGAACCCUAAUCUGCUACAUCAUCGGUCAUUUGAGGGGUACUGUGAAAACAUUCGACAAGGGGCGGUCAGAGUGGAAUUAUGGGUAGGAAAGUGCAGUAGACAAACCCUGGGUGAUGCUAACACCGGGUGGAAUUCAGUGUCCCGGAUAAUGAUUGAAGAAGUAUCUAGGCCCCAGUCCUAAUAAGAAGAGUCUUUAACUUUAACUUUAACUUAAACGCUGUUUGAAGUUCCUUAGAAUAGCAUUCUACAAAUAUAGUCUGUAAAGCGCAAGGUACGAAAGUAUUGUUUUUAGUUAUUUUCUUUUUAGCCCUUUGUGGCCUCUUUCGUCGUAUUAAACUCCAGGAGCCUAGGCUCCUGUAAACUCUUAUAACAGUAUUAAAAUCUUGUAUAAUUUUUUAGGCAUGUUAGUCUCCUAUUCAUGCACUUUUUUGCAGCGGUUCUAUGUUUUGUCACGCAGCGCUUCUCUAUGUGGGGGCACCUUUCGUGACGACACAAUAAUCGACUGAGCGCGUAGGGAAUUGGUCCCCGAUGCAGCCGUUUUGUCUUGUCAUAAAAAGCUCUUUCCCGUUGCGUGACGAGAUAAAACAAAAGUUGCUGUGAUGGAGAGCGCUUGAUUGGCAAUGCUUUUCAAAGGUGAUAUGUUGUGGAUGGAAAAUAUAUCACUGCAGCUUCAGGGGAACCCAUUCUCUCUUGGGUUACCAUGCCACAUCACCAGAUUACCGUUUAUUUCUUUAAGUCUUUAAAUUGAUUAUAUUAUGCAGGCAAAGCAAACGUCGUGAUAUAAUCUUUCAUCUGGAAAAAAAAAAUGCUUAAGAAGUUAUCUUCGCCGUCAAAAUAUUUUAGAAAAUCUUUACUUAAAUAGCGACUUAAACACGAUUCCUUUUGUAGCUAAACACUUUGAGGCAAAACCUCAGAAACCUUUGCUAAAAUCGGAUAAAAAUUUUGAGGAUUAAAAUCUCACAUAGUAAAAUGUAUGACAAUUAGCUGGAAAGAUAAAAAUAUGAUAACAGGAUACCUUGAUUAUCGCUAGCCUGCGUGGCAAGCAUUCGAAAGGGAAGGGAAGGGAAUUUAGGCGCGAGAUCGCGCGCGAGGGAGAGGGGAGGAUAGGAACGCGCCCCUUCCUCCUUCCUCACGCGCCCUUCGUGCUUCUCACGCGCCCAAAAUCCUAUUUCCUCUUCCUUUCGGAAAGCUUGCCACGCAGGCUAGAUUAUCUUUUAAACAGUGGGAAGGAAUGGUGUGUUUGUACUCGUAACAUUGAGAUUCUUGUCAAGCCUUCCCGUUACUUUAAUAGCAUCUUUGUUAUAUUUCUUUCAUGUCAGUGUAGUCUGCUUUAACGUGUGAUUGAAGCUUUCAAUAAAAGACAAUGUCUUACUUAACAGUAUGUACAAAUCUUGUCCAUUAUUUGUCCUAACAACAAAAAUUGAACUCAGUAUGCCCGUACAGUCUCUCAAUAUCCAUCUAUCCAGGUUUCCUGUAUAUCCUGCUCGAGUGGGGGGAAGGGGGGGGAGGAGGCGUCAUAAUCAGUUGGGAACUUUAAUCACCCCUGUAGUGCUGUAUCGGUAUACCCGGUCUUGGAUACCCAUACAUCGAGUUAUAAGAAGUUAAGCUAUGCGGGCCGUCGCAGUACGAACUUCCUCAAGAGUACAGUUUUCUUUUAUUUAGCAAGGCUAUUAUUGCUUUGUAGGUUUUUAUAUACGAUAAAUGUUUACGACUUUAUCUUUUUCUGUGUUUUUCAUGGUUUCCUUAAAAAAAAUACUUUUACUUUAACAUUGUCUUAGCCUGAUACCAAUAUUGCCCUUGGAGAGCAAUCUUUUCUACCAUAUCCUAACCACGUGACUUAUAUACCCAAGGCUUCUGUCAGUAUAAACAUACACGUACUACACGUACAUAGUGACCAUUGCAUACAAACCAGCUUUUACAAUAACAAUAAAGUAUCAUGGAGUUUCGCGCGUUAGUAACCUAACCUAAAACUAUGGUUUUAUAAUGAAUGACUAUAACAAGUAAAUUAACUGUCCUAAAUUAACAGAGAAAAAUCUCGAUGACGUCUUCAGCUUUCAGCCUGAGGGAUAGGUCACGCUGAAAACAGAACUGGUUAAUUUGGCCAAAUGUCAUUUUCCGCUAGCAUUAAGACGAAUACAGUGAAUAGGUACACAACUAUCUAUCGAAGAGGAGGUAAAUAAUGGUGCAGAUAAAACGCGACGCAAAGCGUCCUGGCUUUGUAGUGCUAAGUUUGUUUAGCCAUUUUCAGUGAUUAGCAAUAUUAGCAUGGAUUGAUUGGAUCCCGUAAGCUGGGAACAUUCCUUAGCUAUGCACUGUUUUAGGACGGGCGUCAAAAUGGGCUGUCCUUUCGCGACAACCAGCAUAUACGAAGAAAGAGAGGAGAGUUGGUUUAUUUUGUUUCGUGGUAUAUAGACUUGGUUUACAGUAACCUGACCCUGCUCUGUUUAAGACCAAGAGACAUUAUUUUAUGACCCUAACUCAUUUCGUUUCGCAAAUAGAACGUAAUUCUACAAAAAGAUUCAUAGCACAAAAGUGACCUAACUUUCACACUCUUUAAAUAGUGAAUUACUUGAGCCUGUUUGAUGUUCACCGGUCAGACCUUAAAACCAACUUACUGUUGUUCAGUGACACGUAACCUUUUACUAGGCUAAAGAAAAGGGAAUCCCCCGGGUCUUCAAUUAAAAUUGAAUUUUCGAAAGGGAUGAUAAUUCGUUAUUUAUAAAAACGGGUGUAGUUUUCUAUGCUUCUUGUUAUUGUAGAACAGGUGUUAUUUACUUACUUUUGUUUGUUUAUUUGUUUGUUUCUGAUUUUCGCUUUUGCUCGCUGGCAAAGGAGGCAAUCAUCUUAGAACGCUUGAUUUUGCAGCAAAAAUGAGAUCUCCUGACAAAAUGAUUUGAAGACAAAAAGGUUUUUGCCUCUAAUUAUAAACUAACAUCCUUUAGCUUUCCGACACGUUUACUUAAUAAGAUUAUAUGGCGUCUCUUUCUGCCCUAAGCUUUCGUAAUAAUCUUUCUCGUCUGGUGCCUUUAAAUUAAUUAAGAGUAGAUUUGUUUUUUAGCAGAUAAUUGUUCUUGGAGAUACACUACCAUCUGAAGUGACUUAAUAAAUGUUUUAUUCUUGGGCGCUGCUAAGCGAAAUACGACGGUUGAAGAAAAGAAUUGACCUGUGAGAAACUCCAACUAAUGACGAUAUUUUACCGUGAUAAUAUGGUUCAAUUAUUUUUGAAUUCUUCUAUAUGCAGUCGAAGUUCUGCUCGCAACCUCUUCCGUAAGCUAGAGGCGACCAGUUUACGGUAACGGUCAAAUAACUCGAACUCUGAAGGGAAACGGCGAAAAAGAGGGGAAUUUGAGUUAUCAGGGUAAAUUUCAGUAAAGUUUUGAUCAAGGGAAAGGAAAUUUAGUUCGAGUUAGCGAAGAAUCCUAGUUAUCCCAAUCAAAAAUCGUGGUUCUACUGACUGUAUAAAAUGAAUGAUUCAGGGUUAGAAUGUAUUACCAACCAGUGCACCCCUUAACAAGCAACAUGGAUAACUGAAUAUUCUCUACGCAUUUCUCGGGUAACUAGUCAGUGGAGAUCAGAGAGUUAUGGAGAUCCGGCUGAAUAUAUUACAUUGCAAGUACUUGCGUAUUUGAUCAUAUCUUUUAAUGUUAAAAUGCGCAAUAAAAGCAAUAAAUAUUAGUACUUAAAGGUGAAGAAAACCUAGGGGGAAUGAAGACGCGCGUGAACGGGAAACCACAAAUUCAAGCGCCUAGCCCUUGACGCAGGUCUGGGAGAUCAAGUGAGAAAAGGAAAAGCAGAGAUACAACGUUCUGCAUGUUGAUAUAAUUCAGCAGUUUAAUAGUGAGCUUAAAAGACGUUUUGAGCCGGACGCACGUCAACCGAAAGUGCGUCUUUUACAUCCUUGGGCAGUAUUCUGCCGAGCAGUAUGAUGCCCAAAUUUUCGGGCAAAGCGUUCUAUUAAGACUAUUAGAGAUAGAAAUGUGGGUUUCAUGACAUAGUUUGAUGAAAGAAAGAUAAAGGUCUCACUUCCUAUUGACGUACAUCGAACACCUUUGCCUGAGCUCCCUAUUAAAAGAAGAAAGAAGAGACAAUGUUGUGCCAAAAUUAAAAAGAAAGAAAAUGUACAGUCCGCACCAUGUCAUAAUGCUAAUGGCAAUGGUUAGAAAGGAUGUCAGAAACUUUGCAUCGGCUGUAAAACAAUGCUGAAGCAGGGACAUUAAUUAAAAGAACGUCUAUUCGCGUUGGCCGUUUUGAAAAACAGCGAGUAAAAAGUACAAAAUAAUAGUAAGUCUUGUCCUAAGUUCACCACCGACCACAACUAACCAACAAUGGUUUCCGCAACCACAAUAACAAUUUGCAUUUCUAGCUUUUAUCUAAAACAAAGGGUGUUAUCACUCGCGUUCAAAGUUUUUUUUUUUUUUUAUGAAUUAAAAAAAAAAACUCGCACAAAAAAACAUAAAGACAAUAUGAAUCAAUUUUGCUUUGGCGACAACCAAUGCCAAAUUUUUGCGUUGUUAGCUCAUUGUUUAGAUUCGUCGUUUACAAGUCGUUUUCUCUUCUCUAGCUUAGAAUCAGUGGUCAAAUGAAACGUAGUCUUUGUGUACACUACAGUUUUUGUCGUUCCGUUUACACCCUAACGUUCUAGUAAACUAUAAACGAACCGGUUGGCCGCUAAGAGAGUCGUUGAAUUUCCUUUCUUGUAUUUUGAUUUGAUGUACACAGUUUAUCGGUUAGCUUCGGUUCAUCCGAUUAGUUCUUUAAAAGAAUUACUGCAGUUUACUUGCCUCGCCAAAACAAGGAAGAAUUAGAUAUAAUAUAUGUCGCAAAGAUAAGACAGAUCGAUAUAAAUGUCGCUGUUUAAUGAAUCUGGGAAUGCCAGCAUCGAUAAUCAGAUUGCCGUUUCUUCUCUUUUUUUCUAUUUCUUAAAAAAAAGUUUCAAUUUAACGAGAAGGCCAGCAAAAGUUUCAUUCAAAGGUACUUCCCUUUGCCAUUUCAAAUCACAACAACGAACAAACCAAUUAAAGAUAAAAGAAUCGGUAUUGUCCAAUCAGUUUUAUCAGUUAUAGUGACGUCAGUAUUUCCUGAUUGGCUGACGUCUCCUCUAUUGUUCUGUUCCCUAUAUAUUUGCGAUACCACCCGGAUGGUUUGGGCGGAUCAGUAAAACCAGCGCACCACAAACAUCUCUUGCCAACACCUAAGAUAGCAAAAUACAAUCUUACGCUCAAUCUCAAGCACCAACCAGCAUAGUUAUUUAUAUUCAAUGAGGCACUUUCAAAUCAUUUUUAAAUUACAUCGUUAUGCGUAUCCGAUGCAUUGCUUGCAUUUGAUUAACCCAAGUAGCAUUGGGGUCUCACUCAAGGAAGCUGAAUAAGUACAUGGAAAUUAAGGCACCGUUUCCAUUGUUUCAACAGAAUAUUAUAUCAAUAGAUGGAGGCUAAGCAGGUCACUGAAGUGAAACAGAAUGGGACAGUGGUAAAGAAAUAUUUUGAUUUACGAAACCAGUGGCUUAUAAUUCAUACUUGUGAAGACAAGAACGAAGAAUCAAAAGAUACAGUUCUACUUAUGAGAUCACUCUGAAAAAGUUAAUUAUAGGGAAUUGUUCCUUUGUUUUUCUCUCGGUCUUGAUUAGAUUUAAACUCCAGUUGUACACGAUCCAAAUAGAAAUAACCUAACCCCCAGAAUUAGUUAGCAAAUGAUAAACAUCAAUUGAGUCUGUAAGUUUCAAAUGAGUUCAAUCAGUGAUAAUAACAGCCUCAGUAGAAAUUGUCUACCGUUGUCAUAGUGUUAUAUCAUCAAGGAUAGUAAUUUCAAAUUAUCUUAAACUUCAUCCAGAAAAAAAAAAUAAAGAUAAAACAAAAACAAAAAAAACACUUUCAAAGGUUUUUAAACUUCGCUUAAUUAAACAGGGGCACCCAACGUCAAUUUUCGGAAAAUAUCUGUUCGGAAGACGAUUUGAGAUCUAGAAUUUUCGGAACAUUUCUUGUAAAAUUUCUUGCUUGCCUGCUUCUGCUAGGAUUUUCGAAUAACUAAAAAAAGGUAUAAUUCCCCAUUUUUAACGGAUUUUUACCCUAAAAAGGUCACCUAGAAUUUUCGGGAGCCUUUUUUUCUGGCUGAAAUGUUAAAAAAGGCGAGAGCAAGUACAAGGAUAGAAAAUGUAACAUGUGAAAGCACACGGUUCAGAGCAGAGGUAUUUUUUGAUCAUUUAAAUUAACUUCCCUUUAAGCUUUUGGAAUUAUUUGCCUUAAGGUGGAGAAAUGCAUGGAAGCUGAAUAUCUUGCAUUCUUAUAGAAAUCAAUCGCCCACUUACUUGCGAAACAGCCAGAGUUCGUAAACGUAGUCAUAUUCUCUUGGUGAUUGCAAAAAUUGCUCCAAUUAUCUUACAGCAGAUUCUUAAUAUCUAUCUGGUUUAGGCCAGUUUUUAUCUUUUUAUUUUUUGUUCAAGAGAUUCGAGAUCGUUCCUAUAAAUCAUAACGUCAAAAAAGGGUUAAAGCCCUCUUCUUACAAGAGCAAGGUUUCUUCAACAAGGAAUGAAAACUUUCUCUGCAACAGUUACUUAAAUCCUCAGUCAAGUUCCAAGAGAGACCAUGAAAGUCAAUUUUCUCCUAACAGUGUCAAUACAUAAUCAAGAGAAACUGCCUUGAGAAUUAAUGAAAUGAUCACCUGAUGGGCAGAGCUUUGAUCUAUAAAUUCUCUUAACCAGUUCUUGAAGGAAAUGUAUGGAGAUCAGUGUGGAGAAGUUGUAUUUGGAUAAAGUUGGGGCUAAGAGGGUUGAAGGGGACAUGUCAUGAGGAUAUUGUUGUUUUAAGUCAAUCCUGUGCGGAAGUCAUACUGAUUAUAAGUGCCAUUUAACCUAUACACAAAAUGACUCGUUAGAGAUUUGACGGAGAUUUCAAACAAAUUUCACAGGGAAGAAUAACCAUGGUAAUAAUAUUUUUGAUGAUUUUAGAAACUGUAGUUAAACUUGAAACAAAUUGUCCCAACUGUUUACAUGUUCCAGUUCGUGUCCAUGCUUGACAUCUGUUCAAAUCGCGUAAGGGGAAAGCUGAAUAGCCUCUAACAUAUGGUCUCGCGACCAGUAAGCAUCCUUUGCAAAAAGUAGGGUCAAGGUCUCCUAAGACUUACUGCAACAAAAAUGCUGCAUCAAGCGCUAGCGGCGUUCUGAGGACUUAUCUGACAAUUUAGAUCUAGAGUUGUCUUUAAAGGUGAAAAAUGGGGAAAAAAAGGUCCCAAUACAAAAAUUUCUACUCUAAAUUAUACUUAAUCGGACGUGCGUUUCCACGGUCUGAUUAUUAUGAUUUCCUAUCACUUGGUGUUUCCAUAGAAAACAAGACCUUAAUUAACCUCCCUACACAUGUUUGGUGAUGAUGAAAGAAGUGUACUUCCUCUUAAGCUAGUAGUAAUAGUAGCAAAGUAUUUGCAAAGGAAAUAAAACGGGACUAUUUAACUCGAACGGAAAGGAAUGAGGCCUUUGCGAAGUCACGGACAGGCUAACGAUAACCCUAAACAUGCUAAAUGCUGCUUAAUACAACAAAAUUAGAGAUAAGUCUUUCCACUGAAAUAUCACCAUAGUUCAGCUCUAUGUAUGCGUACACGAAAGCAUUUUUCAUUAAAGGCUUUGCGCUUAUUCCGCUGGAUGUAAACCAUAAUAUUACAAAAUACCCAUGUUUACACUUAACAUCACCUGGUAAAAAGGAACCACGUUUACAGGUCACAGCUCAAAGUUUGUGGCUCCCUGAACAAGAAACUGCAUAGCAAGAGAAAAUGGAAAUAAAAGUCAUCAUCGCUAUGAGUAAUUCAUUUUUUUGACGUUGCUUUAUCGAUCAGAAUCUUUCACCGAGCAUUCUAAACGAAACUUUCUUUUGUUAAAAAACACCACGCCUCCUAAACAGCCUGAUCACAGCAGUAGAGGAAGGAGAUGCUUUCGCAAAAUUCAACACAUACAUGUUUUUUAUUAUUAUUAUUUUUACUAUUUUUUUCAUUUUUUUAUCUUAGGGGGUCAUCUUAAAACAAACAAUCAGUUCAGUUUCAUGCAUGACGUUACGUGCCGAUAUAACUGAGAAAAGGAAGCUAGACAUACAAACACUUGCUAAAGAAAUUAAGGAAGUUUUGAGCUGCAGCUAAAAGGAAACUCUAAUUUUUCUGACCUAACACUGACUAACUUAGACUGAACGCAAAGUAUUUUAUCGUCUAAAACUUUUUGGAGUGCUGGAGAGGAAAGGAAAGGGCUGCUGUUAGGAACACAAAGCAACAGAAAGCAUAACUAUGGAAACAUUUCUGCCUUUGUAAAACUUUACUGUCAUUAAUUUGUGUUUAGAAUGUUCAUCUUUUGACCCUGUUUCAGUUCUCGUUGCACGUAGGCAUAUAAACAGAAAGUUACACUUUGCAAAAUAAUUACCAUAAAAGGAGAAGGAAACAAGCAAAACCAAGCCAACAAUGAACAGGAACAGAAGAUUAACUUUCAAAUAUUCCGCACUAUUUAAAUGAUGCGCACGUAGCACUGAUUUCAGUAAUUGAAGUGGUCUGGUUCAGCUCGCACGAUGGCUCAGUAUUUCGCUGUUUUGUUGAUUCUCUUUAUUCCUGGCGGUUCAGCGAGAACAACCACCUCACCUCAGCAACAAAACAAUGCAAAGUUAAAAGAUUUAUGUGAGGUAAGAAAUACACGAAGAUAAAAAUGAGAGUACGCCGUGGAUUAGCCUCGCCCAAGGGACUAAACCAUAUAUUUUACUACUUUAUCAUCGCCACAUUAUCAUUUGCAAAUGCAUUCCAAUUUAUUUAAAAGUCCUUUUUUUAACUUAAUCUUUCAUACACGAAAAACCUGACGUCCGAGGUUAACUGUUAAAAGCUUCUUUUAUUCCAGUUUUUUUCUUCCUUAGAACAUACUGACAAUAGGCCACUUAAUUCCGAGUUCUAAAAAUCCUCACCUUCAAAAUGAGGCCAUAUACACAACCUUUCUUUUGAAAAUGAGUUUUAUUUGUAUGAGAACGAAAAAUCAUUUCCAUAUCAAAGACUGAGCACUUAAAUUCUUUUUGACACAGAGGCCUCGGGGGCACUCCAAAAUGGCCUAUUGGUUAUCCCAUUGUUCCCUGCUUUUCCUAUCACACUAAUUAAGGUAACGGUAUUUAACGUUCAGUUUUCAGUUUUUAUGUCUCUACAUUAAACAACAAAUGAUCUUUACCUUCAGCGAUCUAUAGUGGGUUUCCCAGGCAUCCCAGGAUUCAAUGGUAUGCCAGGAAUGCCAGGCGUUCCCGGGCCUCAAGGACCCCAGGGAAGGGACGGUACUAAGGGACAAAUUGGUGAUAAAGGAUCACAAGGAAUGCCGGGUCCAAGAGGAGACAGAGGGCGCGAAGGGCCUCCUGGAAAGAGUGGACCACGAGGAAUCAAAGGGAUAAAAGGUCAAGCGGGACUUGUAGGAAUGAAAGGAGAGCCAGGCAUUGUGGGAAGUUCAGGAAGAAAAGGAGAUAAAGGAGAGAAAGGAGAAAGCGCCAAAGCAAGUCAAGCAAGUGUAGUACCACAAACCAACUGGAAACAAUGUGUGUGGAAAUCACAAACCGAUACUGAUGACGGAAAGAUUAAGGUAAUUAGAAUAAGAAUCAUAACACACUCCUAAGAAAAUUCAUUCCUUUUUACAUUAAAAUAUUUCAAAGAAGAACGUCUCCCCUUCCACCUACCGUUUGCCAACACAUUACAUAAAUAACUAAGUUACAUUUCUUACUACUUUGGUUCUUUUUGAACGCAAAAAGGAGAACUAUCGCGUGAUAAAAUGAUUCCUGGCCAUAUGAAUAAGAACAAGAAAAAUUUAAGCUAUUACAGACUUUUAAGAAUUAGGAAGUAACCUUGACUGGAGUAGUUAGUAUCAAUUAUUACACACAGUUGCUCGCCUUUCUACAAUAUGUUUGAUUUCUUUGGUUUUAUUCCAGGACUGUACCUUUAACAAACUGCAGUCUAAUUCAGUCUCAUUCCAGGGCAACAUAAGGGUCGAAGGUAGUAUUAAGUGUAAUCGGUGGUAUUUCAAGUUCAAUGGAAAUGAAUGCAGUGGACCAAUGACGAUUGAGGCUGUUAUUUACAGCUACUGGCCAUCUGGGAUCCCUAAUCUCCUGCAUCAUCGGUCAUUUGAGGGGUACUGUGAAAAUAUCCCACAAGGCGCUGUUAGAGUGGAAUUAUGGGUAGGACAGUGUAGUGGCUGGACCCUGGGUGAUGCUGUCACCGGGUGGAAUUCAGUGUCCCGGAUAAUGAUCGAGGAAGUAUCUAGGCCCCAGUCCUAAUGAGGGGAGUCUAACUUUGGAGCUGUUUUAAUUUCCUUAGAAUAGCAUUCACCAAAUACAGACUGAAAAGCACAAGGUGCGAAAGAAUUGUUUUUGGCGGACAUUUUCUUUUUAGCCCUUUGGGGCUACUUCCGUCGUUUUAGAUUGUCAGUAGUAAGGUCUUAUAACAGUAUCAAGAUUUUGUAUUAUUAUGUCGGCAUGUUAGUCCUAUUCAUGCACGUUUUUGCAGCAGUUGCAGUUCUUUGUUUUGUCACGUAGCGCGUCGCUAGCUCCUUUGAGGGGAGGCACUUUCGUGACAACACAAAAAUCGGCUGAGCGCGUAGGGAAUUGGUCUCCAAUGCAAAAUUUUAAACCUAAAACAGUAAACUGAUCCUUAGGGCAGGAGGAGUGAUAUCUGCUGGGUACCUAAAUCACCAGUGCUGUAUGGGUAUACCCGGUAGGAGAUCCCGUAUGGGUAUAACCGGUCUUGAAUGCCUAUGCAACAAGUGAUAGCCAGUUAAGUUACUGCCGGACCGUUGUAGUACGAACUUCCGUCAAGAGUACAGUUUUUCCUUUAUCUAUCAAGGCUUUUAUUGCUAUGUACGUUUUUAUAUAUCAUAAAUUUAACGAGUUUAUCUUAUUCUGUGUUUUCGAUGGUUUUCUUUAAAAUACUGCACUUUUAUUAUCGCGGAGCGAGUUUAUAAUUUUGUCCGCGCGAGGAUCGCAAGCAGUGAGCGAUUUCGCUUUGAUCUUAAAUCUUUCUAUUGGUUUGGUAUCUGCAGUUGCCUAGCAACAAGCCAUAAACAAAUUCUAAAGACGCCAUUCAGCAUAACGUCAUCGUGCAUUUUGAGUUGCCACACAAGUCACACGACCAAUGACUAGGACUUAUUUUAUUUUUGCUCUGUUUACUGUACGUUAGCGAAUCGCGAGCGAAUCGCAAGAAGUAUUUCUGAGGCAAAUAACAGAGGGCUGAAAACACAACAGUGCCUGAAUUUUAAUUAGUAGUCUCAUUUCCAAAAGCGACCCCAAUGUGAACGAGGCCUAUUCAGGAGCACAACUGUAGAAAGAAAACAUAAAAUAUCCGUCUGUUCCUCGACCUAAUCUGAGAUGACUGAGAGAUCAAGAGAGACUUGUACGUUUCUGACGCGUUGGCUCGUUUUAAGCGUUUUACAACCAUAUAGCGCUCAUUUAUACGAUAUUUUCUCGAUAUUUUCUCCACGGAAGACGUAAACUUCUUAUCACAUUCAAUUAUGAUUGAGAAAAAAAUCAAUCUUUCGUUCAUGUUUGUGACUUGCUUACCACCACGUUACGGUCCACAGAUAGACACAAACGAAAAAUCAUGCAGCUUUGCCUUUGGCACGUUUAGAUCUAUCAGUCAGCUAAAAAUUGGUAUAAAAUUUCACAACACAGCAUUACACGCACCUUUCUAUCUCAGCCUGGCUUUCCCAUAACGCAUUUUUUAAAAAAGAAAAAUAGAGUAGAAAAGAAAAAUCCAGCAGACAACAAACUUAAAACUCGUCUCAUCGAUGUGGUGGCGAAAAUUCACUCGAAUACCAGGGAUGAAUGAACAAGACACCCACCGCGUCCUUGCACGUGAUUACUUUAGUGACAGCUGAUUGGUACGGUUCUGACUAAUCUCGUACCCAGAUCUGGGUACGAGAUUAGGUUCUGACAAUACCUAUUGUAGCUUAUUUCUCAAAUAAAGAUUAUCGGAACUAUGAAACUGUUCUCACCGAAACUACUUGGACCAAAUUAGGGACUAGGAGACUGUGAAUUUCUUUUUUUUUCUUUACGGUAAAAUGUUGAAAGUGGAAGGUUCAAGAAAAGGUUCACCCCUGGUGCACCUUUUCCGGUCCUAUGCCAGGUCAAAUCGCUUUUGAUUUUUUCAGUUCUGCGAAGCUAGUGAACAACAGAGAAUCAAACAUAGCCAGAGGUUGAAGCUAUUCACAACAAUCCAAUUUAUACCUUAAAAAGGCUGCGCUGUAUUCCCUCGAAAACCCCCGAAUUUUGUGAUUCUGCCAGCAGCUCAUAAGCAAGGGUUCCUUCGCUGAACGUGACCUUGACCUUUCAUAUGGAACUCGUGAACUAUGGUUUUUACACCAGAUAUGCUGAUAUUACACUGUAUGUCGUAACGUUGAAGCAUAUACCCUGGGGAGGCUUUCCAUAGAUGGUUUUUGUUUCGAGCGAGCAGCUCAAUCCAAUCUGGAGUGGAUCUUUAGUAACUUGGAUUCUGGAUUCCAAUCUUUAGAAGGAUUCCGGAUUCCUAGUGCUGGAUUCCGGAUUCCAAAGCCCAGGAUUCCGGAUUCCACAAGCAAAAAAUUCCUGGAUUCCGGAAUCCGGAUUCCCUUACAUGGGGCGAUCCAUCGUCUUUUUACCCUUUUGCUUGUUUCCGUUUAUUCUCACUGCUGACCCUUUUUUGCUUCGCGAGAUUUUUGCGAUAACGUACUUCUAGUCUUAGUAUGAUUGCAACAUUACCCUUGGAUAGCAAUCAUUUCCACCACCCUAACCAAAAAAACGUUUUCUAGUCGGAGGUGAACUAAUGAAAGGUUAGAACAGCCAAAAAAACAUUGCAACUAUGAUAAAAGAGUACCAACUUAUAACAAAUGUCGACUCUGUGCCAACCCAUAAGAGCUCCUCUGAUUUUUUAUUUAUGUCGGAAGAAACCCAAGGAGGGUGAUUCAAUAAACUUUGUGGUAUAUUAAAUAGCCUUCUUUGUCCAGUAAGGAUACACCUAAAAUAAACAAAGAAGCUAAUUAUGUCGUCAAACCACGUGACUUAUAAACCCAAGCUUCUAUCAGUAUGAAGAUACGGUCACGUAUUACAUAGUGACCAUUGAAUGCAAAGCACCUUUCACAAUAACGAGAAGGCGUAAGUAUCCCUGAAUUUCAGCAGUUAAGCAGUUUGCCUAAGUCACGUGCUUGAUGACGUCGACACUUUUCAGCCCGAGAGAUAAGUCAAGCCGAUAAUAAAACUGAAUCGUUGGCAAAAUCAAACUUUCGCCAGCAUUAAGACGUUUGGUACGGGUGUCUGUAAAACGCGAACCGGAUACCUGCGGAUGGCGUAAGAAGUAAAAAAACGAGAAAUGUGGAUGGCAAAAAAAUAAUAAUAAAAUAAAAUAAAAAAACAAACAAUUACCAUGUGGACAAAACGCGCGUGAAAUUAUUCCCUAAUUUCACGAGUAUACCAUUUGAUUACCUAUUAAUAUCAUAGGUGACGAAUUACCUUAGCUUUCGAGGAUUUUUGACUUGUUUAUCCUGGAUCAUAUCGAUCGAUCGUGAACUCCACUCUCUCAAACGUUUAGAGCUAAAAUUUGGCUUAAGUUUUCAGAAUUUUUCCACACAUACCUCUAAGAAUCCUUCUUGAUUUGCUCUUUCGUGUGUUCAGGUUUUCUAAAGCGUCUUUUUAUGCCCCGACAUCUUCAGUCACGACAUUUUAAAACUUCCUCGCCAUCUUGAAACGGAGACGUACGGCAGGUUGCCAUGGCAAUUUGGUAAUUUCACAUGUGAAAUUACAAAUUAACGCUGAAAUUUCGCGCCAAAAUUAAGGAGUAAUUCGUCACCUAUGAUAUUAAGAAAAGAAAUCUUUCUUUCAAGUGGCUAUCACAUGGUUGAACCCUUCAUUUACAUUCAGAACGUGAUGCCAGUAGUUGGCACAGUUCCUCCUCCUUAAAUGCACACAUACUUGGCGCACUUCUCCUUUGAGUGUUUAGCUUAAGGCUUCCAGGCAAGGUAAACAGCUCAAAAAAUCGGCUAGCAAAGGUUCGCUUAUUUUGCACUGUCCCCGUUUAAUAUUCUUCCCUUUACCAAAUAAAGAGCCAGUGGUCCCUGCAAUGCAGAAUAUUACCAGAUCAACACCCUAAAGCGGUGUAAUUCACGAAGCAGUCUGUCUUUACUUUCGGGAGUGAUCGAUAUUAUUUUAAACAUUACUUUAUUAGGAAUUUCAUGGUUAUCACGCUAAGAAGGGGAGGCACUUGCAAAACAAACGACAAACAAUUUUUGAUAUAAAAUCAUUCUGACCUGGAGUUCUGAUUUCUUUGCUCUCACUCGAUAGAGUGUACUCAACUUACAGAAAGAAUAUUCUCAGGGCAAUCAAAUCAAGACUUAUUUGUUUGAGCUGCUCAAGACAGAAAAAAUUGCAGUGUCAACCAGAAAAAAGGCCGAACGUAAAAACAUAACUUUCCGAUUUGGCAGAUGCCAAUCAAGGCCGCCUAUCAUGUGGAUUUAUUUUUUACAAGUUCUACCCUUUGGAAAUUUAUAAGUGCACGAAUAAUGAGUUCGAAUUUUUAAAAUUGCAAAAUAUACUGCAGAUUGGAAAGAAAAAAACAGACCUCUUGAUCAAUCGCAAAAAUUAUUUUCCGAUGAGGUGUAAAAAAAUCACCUAAUCGGCUAAAUUAAACUCCCACAAAAAAGUGUCGCUUGGAAGCACAUUAAUGAAGGCUUCUUUCUGUUUCAUUUGUUUUUGUUUCGAAUUUUUCUGCUAGCAAAAUAGUUUCCAAAACAUAUACUCAGUGAGUUUUUAGAACGUAUCGAGCAACUUAAAACUGGUUUUUAAAAGCGUGAAAGGCAGAAUUCGGAAUCGAAAAUAAUUUAUAUAAUAUUCGAAUUAUGGCUCGCUCCCGUCUAUCUGCGAAGCAGCAACCAAACAUAUUUUUUCUGCACGGAAAGAUGUUUAAUUAUUACAAAUCAGAAAAAGACCAAGCUGCUUCUUAACAAGACUAUAUAAAUUUUUUAGCAAUGUCUACACCAGAUCAGCAUUUUUUAUAUGUUGAUGGAAGCUUUUCGUAAAGCUGUGAAAAUUAAUGGAGCGAAGGCCAGAAAAAUGACUCCUUUGAGGGUGCGGCAUAUUGCUUGAAAAUGAAUUUCUGUAGAAAAACCCUCAUUACAGUCAUUAAACAAGACUGAUUCACACAAAACCGAGAGGAAAUUGUGUAACAGAAGACAACUAGUGUAACAGUAGCUUAGCUUAUGAUCUCAAAAAUGGGCUUCUGCAGGUGUCUGCAGUUCACAACACUCUCUGAACUGUCUGCUAUGGCAGAGUCGACCAGAGUCGAGGCAGAGCAAAAGUUGAUUUUUAUUAUGAGCCCUUUUGAAGAGCAGGCUCCUUCGUGAGGAAACAUGGCGAUUUACCGGAGGCGAGCGUUAAACAGGCGACGCAAAGCACGCCAAUUUUUCGUUUAUUUCACCCUAUUUUUUUGCUAAUUUAGUUGCUUUCUCUAAUUUUCUUUUAAUUUGAUGAAAUUUAAUCUUUUUUUGUUGUUGUUGUCCGAACAACGUUAUACACGUUUUGUUUUGUUAAGAAAUGUUUUACUGACACAAUUUAUAUAUCCAAAUUUGUGUUUUUCCUGUUUUUGUUAUUGUUCACAAUUUUUUCCAUCCUCAUUUUCCCAUCCGUAUCCGCCAUCCGCAGGCAUCAAGUCCUCGUUUUGCAGACACCUCCUUUGCUAGCCGAUUUUUUGAGCUGUUUACAUUGCCUGGAAGCCUUAAGCUAAACAAUCAAAAGGAGAAGUGCACCAAGUAUGUGUGCAUUUAAGGAGGAGGAACGGUGCGUCCUUAUUUCUGUGGCAGUAAUGAAAGGAAUUACAGGGUACAAAACUGUGCCAACUAUUGGCAUCACGUUCUGAAUGUAAGUGAAGGGUUCAACCAUGUGACAGCUACUUGAAAGAAAGAUUUCUUUUCUUAAUUGCCUGUUUGUUUAUUUUAUUUUAUUAUUAUUUUUUUGCCAUCCACAUUUCUCUUUUUUUUCUUCUUACUUUUUUUGUUAUCAGCAUUAUUUUUUCCAUCCGCAUAUUUCUAUCCGCAUCCGCAGGUAUCCGGUCCACGUUUUACAGACACCCGUUUGGUACCGCUGUAUCUUUUACAGAAAGGAAAAAAAAAAACGCGAUUUUAUUUUGUUUCGUAGUGAAGGGUACACAACUAUCUCCUGAAGCGGUGGUAAAUAAUGGUGGAGAUAAACGGCGAUGCAAUGAGCGUCAAGGAUAUUUAGCGCUAUGCACCGACCUUGAGGGAGUAGCGGUUUUCGCAGGUUUUAUGCCGUAACUUAGGACGUUCCUUAGCUAUGCAUUGUUUUGGGACGGGCGUCAAAAGAAGGUUUGUCCUUUCGCUAUAGACCAACAAAUACCAAGAAAGAGACAAGAAUUUGGCUUGUCUCUGUUAACUAGUAGUUAGACUUGAUUUACAGUAACCUGGCCCUGUUUAAGUGAGAGACAGGAUUUUAUGAUCACGACCCAUUUCGUUUCGCAUACUGAAUUAAACUAACAUCACGGAAUUAAGUUUUUUUUUUUUUUUUACAAAAUUAGGACUAUUUGUAGCAUAACAGCCAGCCUUAAUACUCUUUAACAGGCUUCCAGUCCAAAAAGACGCCCUGUUAAAGACGUAAAUGUAAAUGUAAAUGUAAAUGUAAAUAUCUUAUUAUCCACUCCCCUCAGGGCCACUGGUUGGGGGACUUUGCCAGACUGCUUAUGGUGCAGUUUACAAGUAAUGAAGGAAUGAGUAAUGAUGCCCCCGUACAUGAGUGUGAAAGUAAGAAAGACCACGUGCACUACACCGGGCACUACGUGCCCUACUCUUUACGAAGAGUGUAUGGGUUCUUUAACGUCACACAGAUUUAUUACAUGUGCAAGGGCUUGUGAGACGGGGCCUACCGUUUAUCGUCCUUAUCCGAGAAGACUAGAAAGUCUAACCGUUUGCGGAUGUUCUUAGAAAGGGAGCUCUUUUUCCUCAGUUAUUUAAAGACCCUGAGUAUUGGUCCGGCCGGGGUUUGAACCUACAGCCUUCCGCACAGCAGACCGGUGUACUGUCGCAAUUUGUAAUAAUCAUCGCACUUUGUAAUACCUGUCGCGAUUUGUAAUAAAUCCAUCGCACUUUGUAAUACCUGUCGCAAUUUGUAAUAAACCGUGUCACACUUUGUAAUAAAAAAGCUGUCACAAUUUGUAACAACUGUCCAUCGCACUUUGUAAUAAACUAAGCUGUCGCAAUUUGUAAUAAUUCCAUCGCACUUUGUAAUAACUUUUUGAGAGUAAUCAAAGUUACUUCGUCAACAUUAAUAUAACGCCAAAAUAUGCGUGGUACUUCAUAAACAAAGAUGGAGAUGACGUCUGCUAGCACGUAACAUCUCCGCUCAUUCAACCAUUUAACUUUAUUCACAGUCCUAAAUAUUUUUUUAGAUUAAUGUUGAUUAGUUAUCUGACUUACGAAAUGCUGUAUUCUUGAACCUUGCUAUUGUACUAGGUGGCUUGCAUUCAAUGGUUACCCGGCGGGUGUACUUCCUUAUAUGGCCACUACGGGGAUGUGCCUCUGGACAGAGCAUUGCCAGAGUAGAGGAUCUAGACAGAACUAGACACACUAGACACAAACAAGCCAUUGUUAAAAAGCAUUUAAAUGCCCGCUAAUCGUAACAUCCAUCCUACAUCAUUCGAAUAAAAACAGCAGGAGAGUUCAAGCUUUCCUUGUUAGAUCUUAAAACAGGUUGACACAACACGUGGUACACCGUUCUUGUCUAACGAGCAAUCUUAAAGAAGUAAUAGUGGCUUUCAACUUAAUCAAAGGAUACCUGGAAAGAUUCAAAAUGUUUACUGCAAAUAAAAAAAAAAACGUUACCAGUGGCAAACCUUCGAACCACAACAGAAACCUAACCACAAAAUCCAAUUAGUUGCUGGCCAAUACCUUCGUAUGUACCUGUUUUUAUAACACUCAAUUGGGUUCUUACACUGAGCCGGCUGGGCAUUUGGUCCAUUAUUCUCACUUGAUUUGGUCUCAUAUAGGAACAAAAGGAGUACUCAUUCCAUCUUAAAACAAUUGUUUUCUGUAAGGAGUCCUCUAAAGCAAAUACCAUGGGGAUGGUAAAAAAUUAUCCUUGCCUGCGUAUAUACAACUCGUAAGACCUUGCAAUUCUUCCGAGCGUGUUCUGGAUUAGUGUUUUUCUACAAAAAGGAAAGGAUGGAAUAAACCAUCCAUUACUACUUGAGUUACCCUAUCUAAGGAUCAAACCAAAGACACAAGGCCAACAACGUAAAAAAUGAUACCCUAUUAAAGGCUCGAGAUCCUCAAAAACCAUACCCUAUCAGGCGGUACUUACCUAUCUAGCCCAUCAAUAUAUGGGAUUAUCCCCCCCCCCCUCCCCCCGCCGAAGACUUCACGUGUCACGUGGCAAGCAAACAUGGAUUUGGACGACGAAUGCCAGGUUAUUCAUGAAUUUUCUGUUGUUAAAUGUUGCCUUUCUUAUUUAAAUAUUUUUGAAUUUAAACGUGAUUCAUAUCUUUUUGGUGAUAUGUCACAGGCAGUUUCAUGUCUUUCAUAAAAGCGUUUCUGGUUAGUCACGUGAUUAAUCAAGGCAGCAAAAUUUAUAGCGGAAGACAUGCAUGUUUGACCAAAGAAAAUGUUACGGACAUGUUACAUGCUAGCAGACGUCAUCAUCUUUGUCUAUGAAGUACCAUGCAUAUUUUGGCAUUAUAUUAAUGUUGACGAAGUAAUAUAAGUUGAAUCACUCUCAAAAAAUUAUUACAAAGUGCGAUGGAAUUAUUACAAAUUGCGACAGCUUAGUUUAUUAAAAAGUUCGAUGGACUGUUAUUACAAAUUACGACAGCUUUUUUUAUUACAAAGUGCGACAAGGUUUAUUACAAAUUGCGACAGGUAUUACAAAGUGCGAUGGAUUUAUUACAAAUUGCGACAGGUAUUACAAAGUGCGAUGAUUAUUACAAAUUGCGACAGUACACCGGCCCUUAUCCCAUUGAGCUAAUCGGGCGGCGGUUACUAAUAGUAAAACAGUAUACCCUGUUUAAGACUCACGUGAGUCCUUGAAAACCAAUUUGUUGAGCGGCACAUAACCUUUCAAGCCAAGUAAGAAAUAGAAAAAGCGCUUUUAAACAAGCUAAAGCGGUGCUGAUCAAAAUACGGUUUGCAUUUACUGGUUUUAAAUUAAGCUUUAGAAUGUCAUUGAUAAUAAAUAGAAUUCACAGGGCUUUUUGAAAUAUUAAUCUUUUGGCCCUGUUUCAGUGUCUUACACUGACAGGAACACAUGGACAAAGAAUAAGAAGUUACGAGAAAGUUACCAUAAAAAGAAAAGAAAACAAGCAAACAAUUAACAGGAACAGAAAAUUGACUUUCAAAUAUUCACUAUUUAACUACCUUGUAAUGAGCAUUUCUUAUCACUAAAUUCAAUACUAAUGGCAGUUUUCUGUCCGGCUCAGCAUGGUUCAGUAUUUCGCUGUUUUGUUGAUUCUCUGUUUACCUGGCAGUUCAUUGGGAACAACCACCUCACCUCAGCAACAAAACACCGCAACGCUUAAAGCUUUAUGCGGGUAGCCUGCGUAGCAGUAUUUCAUUUGCUGAAAAUUUCCUUAGUAAAAUGGUAAAAUACAAAUUAGCAUAUUUAAAGGUACUUGUUUGAAUACUAUCUUUCGAAGAAAACCUGAAAUCUUAGCCAGGUUAACUGCUACGUUUCUCUGAUCAGAAAGAACUGCAGACACUGACAAUAUAUCAGUUUCAAUUUCGAUUGCGUUAACUUCUAAAACAAGUAAGACUGCGAUUAACGGGUAUCUCUGUUAUUAACUUCUAUCUACUUCCCUUUAUAUAAUUCUAAUUAAAGGGACGAACUUUCAACUUGACGCCAUGACAAAGAAAUAUUCAAGUCCCUACUAAACAUUUGGAGCUUUCCAUUUAUCACUAUUUGAGGAAGGGUUUAGUUGAUUAAGAAUAAAAUUUCCCGCAAACACAUCUGAAAUAAAUAGACUCCCUAAUGUGAGCCAUAUAGGUGUGGGUCACUCCAAACGGUAGGGUUUUUGCGCCGUUUUAGUCUGAAAACGGGAAUACACUUUGCUCAUUUUGGUCUGCAAACGCUUAUGGUUUUCAAGAUAACUACGGAAGUGUAUGCAAGUUGGUAUUUAUUGCUGCAAUUCCAAAUGGGUAAGAAAGAAAGAGAAAUAUUUGCAGUUCGAGAUGGAUUUUAAAGCAUCUUUUUUGUUACUGUUCUAAUCUUAGUAAUGGUGACAUAAUUUCUUAUAAUAAAGGCCAGGUCUGAGAAUGGAAAUGGAUUUUAGAUGCCAGGUCUGUAAACGGGUGUGAAAAGUGACAUGUUUUUAUUUGAAAUAGGGUUAGGAUUUGGAGAGCACGGCGGCACAACGUACCUCACCAAGAAUUCCCAAGAGUAACCCCAAGGCAUCGAGCUUAAAGUCUUCUCUUAUAUCGAACCUGAAGAUGAUUGAAAUGAUCAUUUUAGAAGGCAAAACUACAAUUAUUCGAAACAACAUCUAUGCGCAUUGUUUACAUCAAGUUUGCGCAGUUGCACAUGCACGCAGAUCACGCAACACGCAAUCACAAUUACUUGUUUAAAAAUAGUUUUGAUCCCAAAACUGCACAUUUUGCUUUAUUUGCCCGUUUUUCGACGAUGAAACAUUUAGCCUUCUCAAUUUAUUCUAGUAUUCUUAUUAUGCUUCUUCUUGAAAUAAGUGGAGAGCAUGUUUGAAUGUUGUCUCUAUCAGUUCUCAUUUUUUUUUGUUUUGUUUUGUUUGUUUGUUUUUUUUUUUCCCAGAUUAGAAGAGUUGGGGUACAAUACGGGCAAACAUAAAUUCACUUAUAAUCCACUGAUUAAUUUUCGUGAUUUUAUUGGCUAUUUUGGGUCACGUGGUACCAAAUCGGAGGGCGGGUGUCAGGCAAUACACUCCAUCGGUUUUGAUAUUUUUCCUACGAUUUUUCAGGGGCAAGAAAGCAUGACAGAAAGUCAACAAAGUUAGUCUCUCUUAAGUUUCUAUCUUCUUUAAUAAUUUAAAUGAAAGCAGUACAAACCAACUUUUUUGUAUAAUCCAGUUUAACUAAAAUUUUGAGCUGUUCCCAACUGACAGUUGCGAAAAAUAGAGAGAAAUCAAUAAAAUAAGCUAUAAAUGGAAGAUAAGCAAAAUUUACGAAUUGAGCUUAGUAUUUAGGCACUUGAACAGAAACUUCAAUACAGUUUUUUACGCAGUCAUAGCGGUCGGGUAUGGAUAAUUUAAUACUUUAAAGUGUUAACGAAAAUAAUUCUUUUUGUUGCUUUCAGCAUCGAGAAAAGAGAGAAAAAAGCGUAGCGGGCCAUGAAAGCGAUAAAUUUUACGAGUCGUACAGUGCGCAACCAACUAAAUCUUCGAUUAUCAGGCGAUUUAUAAGUUUAACUCAGUAAAAUCCGGUCAGUUCAACCUGUUUUUACAGAUGGGCCUCAUUAUUUCUUCGACCUUUUCUUUCUAUGUCUUCCUCGGCUUCCACCAUCCACAGCAACAAAUCCAGUUUUUGCGAACAGCCCACUAAUGUAAAACUUAAAUCUUCAACUGCUCUAGAUUUUUCAGUUUCUGUGCAUGGUUCAUAGUUGCAAUUACUUUUCUAGCCCUUGCAGCGGCAGCUCACCACCGACCUCAAUUAAUCAACAAUGGUUUCCGAAACCACAAUAACACUUUGCAUUUUUAAUUUUCAUCUAAAACAAAAGGUGUUAUCACUCACGUUCGAUGUUUUGUUUUUAUGAAUUUUAAAAACCAACUCGCAAAAAAACAUAAACACGCUAUUAAUCAAUUUUGGUUUAGCGACAACCAAUGUGUUUUGCAUGCGUUGCUUAACCUCGUUGUUUAAUUUAGUCGUUUACACGUCGUUUUCUCUUCUCUAGCUUAAAAUCAGUGGUUGACUGAAACGUUACAGUCUUUGGCUGCAACCAAUGCGUUUUGCAUGCGUUGCUUAACCUCGUUGUUUAAUUUAGUCGUUUACACGUCGUUUUCUCUUCUCUAGCUUAGAAUCAAUGGUUGACUGAAACGUUACAGUCUUUGUGUACACCAGGUUGUGUACACAGUUUUGGUCUUUCUGUUUACGCCCUAACGGUCCCGUCAACUAUAAAUGAACCGGUCGGCCACUGAGACCAUCGUUGAUUUUUCUUUCUUGUAUUACAUGAUUUGAUGUUCACAGUUUAUCGGUUCAUCUGAUUGGGUCUUUAAAAUAUUUAACGCAGUUUACUUGCCUCGCCAAAACAAGGAAGAAUUAGAUAUAAUAUACGAUGCAAAAUUACUAAAUAAUAUAAACGUCGCUGUUUAAUGAAUCUGGUAAUGUCUUGAGGGAAAACCAGAAUGCCGUUUCUUUCAACGUACUUCAAAUUCUUUUUAAUAGGUUUCAAUUAAACGAGAAGGCCCGCAAAAAUUUAUUGAAAGGUACUUCCCUUUGCCAUUUCAAAUCACAACAGCAUUGUCCAAUCAGUUUUAUCAGUUAUAGUGACGUCAGUAUUUUCGGAUUGGCUGACGUCUCCUCUAUUGUUCUGUUCCCUAUAUAUUUGCGAUACCACCCGGAUGGUUUGGGCAGAUCGGUAAAACCAGUGCACCACAAUGUUCUCUUUGCAACCGGCCUAAGAUAGCAAAAUACAAUUUCACGCUAAAUCUCAAGCGCCUACUAGCAUAGGUGAGCAUAUUCAAUGAGGCACUUUCAGCUUAUUUUACAUCUUUAGGCACAUCCGCUACAUCGCUUGCAUCUGAUUAACGGUUGGGUCUCAGUCAAGGCCGUUGAAUAGGUUCAGUGUACAUGAAAAGUAAUGCAACGUCUCCAUAGAUUCAACAGAAUAUUAUAUUUUUUAGUUCACUGACGAGGAACAGAAAAGAGACAAUGGUAAAGAAAUAUUUCGAUUACGAGACUGGCAUGCUGGCUUAUAAACCAUACAUGUGAUACUCAUCAGAUCAUGCACUCUCAUCAGAUCAUGCACUCUGAAAAAGUUUGUUAUAGAGAAUUGAUCCUUUGAUAUUCUCUCGGU